AGGCCAAAGGUAAUAAAAGUAAUGGACAAAACUCUCCCCACGUCAAAUGUAAACCUUUCUCCAUUCGAACAGUGGAGAAGUGCCCACUUCUGCAUCUUAUAUUACAAGCCACCAAACCCUUGUCCGGCGAAGUACAACCUAACAGAGGCGGGAGUUAUUAAUGUCGAUCCAACAGAUGCAGCUGAAUAUUGCCAGCAAAAUGGGUGUGGGGAUUAUACAAAGUCGGUGGUCCUUAACUGCAUCCAUCAUGUGAAGAGGAAUUAUAUCUUUGCCAAUAAAGCCACUGUUAAGCAAAUCAAUGACACCAUUAACCAAGUUUGCUCCUCCUAUGUCGCCAACCCACCAAAUAUUUCAGGUUCCGUCACUUAA